UUUAUAACGCAUGUGGUUCGACAGCGCAGUUUAGGCGCCAUUUACAAGUUGGACUUCUGCUAGUCGACGAGCCGCUCGACAUGUUACCGAUUUGAAUUUUAUGGAUUAUUUUUCGCCCAUUUUUGAUCCGCCACUAUUUUUCCCAAGCAACAUUUGAACCAGGGAAGCGACUUUUGACAAAGAUUUUGCCGAAGUGACCCCCCUCUAAACCCCCCCUCCCUCAGACUUCAAAUCAUGCCAUCUAAAAGUGUAAAGAGCUCCACCGCGGCCGCCGCCUCCAAGUCAGUAGGAGGAAAGGGGUCGCAGCCUCGGGAUGACUCCGAGGACGAGCUGGACGUAACCCCCCGAGGAAGCCGCUCCGAUGGCCAGGGACAGGAGGCACCAGCACCGACGCCGACAACUGAUCCGCCUGUCGGGGAGGCGGCCCAGGCGGUUGAUAGUCGCCCUUUGGAGGAGAUUCUCGGUAGCAUCCCACCACCCCCGCCCCCAGCCAUGACCAAUGAGCCAGGCGCUCCUCGCCUCAUGAUAACGCAUUUAGUCAAUCGCAACUUCAAGUCGUACGCAGGCGAGCAGAUUCUGGGGCCCUUUCACAAGCGCUUUUCCUGCAUCAUUGGUCCGAAUGGAAGUGGCAAGUCCAAUGUGAUCGACUCCAUGCUAUUUGUGUUUGGAUACAGAGCUCAAAAGAUCCGAUCGAAAAAGCUGUCGGUGCUUAUCCACAGUUCUGAUCAGCACAAAGAUGUGCAAAGCUGUACCGUGGAGGUGCAUUUUCAAAAGAUUAUUGAUAAGGAAGGAGAUGACUACGAAGUCAUCCCCAACAGCAAGUUCUAUGUUUCCAGGAGUGCCAACAAGGACAAUUCUUCUGCCUACUAUAUCAAUGGCAAAAAAGCCAUGUUCAGAGAAGUGGGCGCUUUGCUACGAAGCCACGGCAUCGACUUGGACCAUAAUAGAUUUCUCAUCCUACAGGGUGAGGUGGAGCAAAUUGCCAUGAUGAAGCCCAAAGGUCAGACGGAGCAUGACGAGGGAAUGCUGGAGUACCUGGAGGACAUUAUCGGCUCGUGUCGCCUCAAGGAGCCCAUCCAAACGCUGGCCCGCAGAAUUGAACUGCUUAAUGAACAGAGAGGAGAGAAGCUCAACCGAGUCAAGCUGGUGGAGAAGGAGAAGAAUGCUCUGGAAGGAGAAAAGAACAAAGCUGUGGAGUUUCUCACUUUGGAAAAUGACAUCUUCAAACUCAAGAGUCGCCUUUAUCAAUAUAAUGUUCAUGAUCUCCAAAAGCAUGUGGUAGCCAAAGAGCAGGAAAAGCAGAAGAUCUUGGAGGACAACAAGGAACUGACAGAAAAAACUGCCAAGAUAUCGCAAGAGAUGGAGAAAAUGAAUCAAGAGCUGAAAAAUGCGGAGAAGAAACAGAACAAGAUCAACAAGUACAUUGAGACCCAGAAGGAGACGUUCACCCAGCUGGACUUGCAGGAUGUCGAAGUGCGCGAGAAGAUCAAACACUCCAAAAGCAAAAAGAACAAGUUGCAGAAGCAGCUGGAGAAGGAUAAAGAAAAGCUGGAAGAGGUGCGCGGCGUACCCGCCAAUAGCGAAAAGGCCAUCGCGGAGGCGACCGCUCGCAAGGAAGAGCUGGAGAAGCAGAAGGGGAAAGAGGAGGAGAAACUCAAGGAGGUGAUGGAGACUCUAAAAGAAGAGACGAGCGGCUUGCAACAGGACAAAGAGACCAAAGAGAAAGAGCUGAUGGAGCUGAGCAAAGCUGUGAACGAGACGCGCUCUCGCAUGGACCUGGCGCAGUCGGAGCUCGACAUCUACCUGAGCCGCCACAACACUGCCGUGACGCAGCUCAACUCCGCCAAACAGACUCUCCAGACCACCACGGACACGCUGCGGGAGCGCCGCGCCGCCAUUAAAGAACUGGAAGUCAACAUACCGCAGCGGGAGAAAGAACUCAAGAAGGAUGAGGGAGAGCUGGAGCGGGUGACAAAGAUGGAUAACGAAACCCGUCAGGUUGUGAGGGAAAUGAGGCAGAAGGUGGACGAGGCCAAGAGCUCUCUGUCCUCCAAUCGCAGUCGAGGGAAGGUCCUGGACGCUCUCAUGCAGCAGAAGAGGAGUGGCAGAAUUCCCGGUAUCCUCGGAAGGCUGGGAGACCUGGGAGCCAUCGACGCAAAGUACGACGUGGCCAUUUCCUCCAGUUGCGGGGCUCUGGAUCACAUUUUGGUGGACACCAUCGACACGGCUCAGAAAUGUGUCACGUUUCUCAAAGAGCAGAACAUCGGCGUGGCCACCUUCAUUGGUCUCGACAAGAUGAAAGUCUGGGAAAAGAACAUGGGCAAGAUCCAUACCCCGGAGGAUUGCCCACGUCUCUUUGACAUGGUGAGAGUGAAUGACCCCAGCGUGCGCCCGGCCUUUUAUUUCGCCCUGAGGGACACCCUGGUGGCCCAGGACAUGGAGCAGGCCACGAGGAUGGCCUUCAAGAAAGACAAGCGCUGGAGAGUGGUCACCCUCAAGGGCCAGAUCAUCGAGAUGGCCGGAACAAUGACUGGAGGAGGCAGAGUAAUGAAGGGCAGGAUGGGCUCCUCUCUCAACACUGAGGUCUCCCAGGUGGAGCUCGACCGCAUGGAAUCCAAGCUGAAUGAGAACGUGACAAAGCUGCAGGACUGCCAAGAGAAGAAGCUGCAGCUGGAGGAGAAUGUCCAGCGUCUCCGCACUCAGCUCCGCGACAUGAAAAACACGCUGGAAAAAUACACCAACAGCAUGACCAGUCUGGCUGACCAGGAGAGCCAUCUCAAGAAGCAGAUGAAGGAACUGGAGGCCAAUGUGCUUGCUGCUGCCCCGGACAAGACCAAACAGAAGCAGAUGGAGAAGAGUCUGGAGGCCUUCAAGAAAGACUUCGAAGCAGCGUCCAGUAAAGCUGGGAAGGUGGAAAACGAGGUGAAGAGGCUCCACAACCUGAUUGUGGAGAUCAACAGCCACAAGCUGAAGGCUCAGCAGGACAAGCUGGACAACAUCAACAAGGGUCUGGACGAAUGCUCCUCCACCAUCACCAAGGCCAAAGUCGCCAUCAAGACGGCAGACCGCAACUUGAAGAAGUGCGAGGACAGCGUGACCCGCGUGGAAGAGGAGUUGAAGGACAACCAGACGUCUUUAGCAGCAUUCACGGAGCAACUCAAGAAACUGGAGGAAGAGGCGGGAGAGGUCAUGAAAGCUUGUCAAGAAGCUGAGGCGGCGCUCCCUGAAGUGCAGGAGCACUACCAGACAGUGGCCAAGGAGAUUAAUGUCCUGCAGCAGCAGGACCACGCCCUGCAGGAGGAGUCGCUGAGUGUGCGGCUGCGCGUGGAGCAGAUGGAGGCCGCCGUCAGCGAACACAAGAACAAGAUCGAGCACUGGCAGAAGAAGGCCUCAAAGCUCUCCCUGCACACCGUGGAGGGGACGCCGGACGAGGAGCUGCCUGUCCUCACGGCCGAGCAGCUCGACGACAUCUCUGACCCAAACGUCAUGGUCAACAAGAUGAUCACCUUGGAGACCAAGUGUGCUCAGAUGAAGCCCAACCUGGGUGCCAUCGUAGAGUACAAGAAGAAGGAGGAACAGUACCUGAUGCGCGUGGCCCAGCUGGACGAGAUCACCAACCAGCGGGACAAUUUCAAGCGCAGCUACGAGGACCUGCGCAAGCAGCGCCUCAGCGAGUUCAUGGGUGGCUUCAACAUGAUCACCAACAAGCUGAAGGAGAACUACCAAAUGCUGACGCUGGGGGGCGAUGCUGAGCUAGAGCUGGUGGACAGUCUGGACCCCUUCUCAGAAGGCAUCAUGUUCAGCGUGCGUCCUCCGAAAAAGAGCUGGAAAAAGAUAUUCAACUUGUCGGGAGGAGAAAAGACCCUCAGCUCCCUGGCACUGGUGUUUGCACUGCACCACUACAAGCCCACGCCGCUUUACUUCAUGGACGAGAUCGACGCCGCGCUGGAUUUUAAGAACGUCUCCAUCGUGGCCAGUUACAUCUACGAGCAAACCAAGAAUGCUCAGUUCAUCAUCAUCUCACUGAGGAAUAAUAUGUUCGAGAUUGCCGACCGCCUCAUCGGCAUCUACAAGACGCACAAUACCACCAAGAGCGUCGGGAUAAACCCCAAGACAAUCGUGUUCCGAGAACAUGACGCUAUCACCGCCUAG